AUGUCAGCGCUUUGCCAAAUCGGCGUGACGUCAAAACAACAUCUGCUCUUCGAUAUUUCCCCAAACAUGUCUGAUCCUAUCCCAUCUGCAACUGCUGAUCCAGACUCGGAUCAUGCAGCCCACGCCAAUGCCGAAGACCGCAAAGCUGCUGCCGCCCUCUCCUCCCUGAAUGUAAAUGAGAUCACAACGGAUGGCGUCUCCGAUGGAGCAAAUACAAACCAAGACGCCUUGGGCAAAGCAAUGAGUCGACUUGAGAUAGUUGGUGGACAGGGUCAAAACACGAAGGGAACGAAUGUGCAGAAGUCCGAUGGAGAGGUGGCGAAGAAGAAGGUGGUCAAGGUUGCUGCUGCUGAUGUUGCCUUGCUGGUGGAUCAGCUAGAACUGAGCCGGAUCAAGGCCACAGAGUUGUUGAAGGCACAUGACGGUGAUGUCGUGAAAGCUAUGAAAGCCUUCAUUGCCCCGUCUUUCCGAGCAUAA